AUAGUUAUGUCAGGUGGGACGUGUUACGAUGCUUGCGGGAAAAAUGGUACGCGCCGAGCGACUAGAGCGCCGCCCAAUGCGCUGCUGGCGGACAAGGCGACCAACGCCUUGGGCGAGGACGCCACCACCGCCGCCGCCGCCGUGGAGUGCGCCUGUCAAUGCGGCUCAGCUGAACCGGCGUAUCGCGGCGACACAGACGAAUGCGUUGCCAAGCUUCAUGAAUGCGAGAUGGCGGAUUUCAUGGACGAGACCCGGACACAAAGCAUUCCGCUUGUCAUCCUGCCUCUCGAAGGACAACUCAUUCGCCCGACCUCUAGAAUCGCUUUGGCAGAUGUUCAGCCUGGCGGGAAAGUUGUGAAGGCGCCGGUGUGUGCUGUGACCGAGGCCCAGAUUCUCAGCGGGUCUCACUGGUUCGCCCUCCUGGACCCGAGGAAUUCCGAACCCCCUUUCCGACUUUACAGGGACCUCGACAAUACCUUUUUACAGAAUGCGAGAUGGCGGAUUUCAUGGACGAGACCCGGACACAAAGCAUUCCGCUUGUCAUCCUGCCUCUCGAAGGACAACUCAUUCGCCCGACCUCUAGAAUCGCUUUGGCAGCCUGGCGGGAAAGUUGUGAAGGCGCCGGUGUGUGCUGUGACCGAGGCCCAGAUUCUCAGCGGGUCUCACUGGUUCGCCCUCCUGGACCCGAGGAAUUCCGAACCCCCUUUCCGACUUUACAGGGACCUCGACAAUACCUUUUUACAGUGGUUGGGACCACCUUCAUUGAGACCAUCUGUCGAAGGAAAGUUGGUGAGAGUGUCGUUGAUGUGUCGGGAUGAGGCGAUAACUGACGCUGCUGACGACCCUGGCCAAGACAAUGGCAUUUUCACGCCGUGUGUCGCGUUCCGGGUCUCAGGAUCCAUGGGGUCGUCGCCAUAUUUGCAAGCCGGAACGUUGACAUCGGCGCCGAAAACGUCCUCGUCUUUGAGGGUCGGUUUUGAGGCGGACCACGUCCGCCAUCGCACUACUUCAGACAAUGGAGAUGAAAAUGACGUUGACGAGGAGGACGACGGGAUAAGCGACUACGUCAUCAUAGGGGUCUGCGCCGGGAUCGUGACUCUCAUCUACGUCGUGGCUGUGUUCGUGUACGUGAGAGUGCGACAUCUGCGCAGGUUGAGAAGACUCGAUGAACAGAGCUCCUUGGAAAAGGCCGCUAGGAGACAACAGGAGCAGUUCUCCAGGUCGAAUGAGAGCAUGGAUGCGUCCAGAAAGAGUCCACUUUUGGCGAACAAAGAACACAAUCCUGUGUUGAAAUCUGGUCUCUUAUCCGGUGUCAGGUCAGCAAGGUUGACCCAGAAUACAGUCCAGGGACUUCGUCAACACAUGCAAGAAGCCAAUGCCGAGGAAGCUAAACGGGCCGAAACCGGAUCCGGCAAAUCCCCGCAACUCUCUCAUCAGCAUGAGCAAAAAGGAAAGGAUUCAGCAUCACUAAGCCCAAACACGCGGGAAUUCGCAAAGAAUCCCGGAAACAAGGAUAAAAUCCGCGACCCCGCCGGAACCGAGUUGAGAAGACUCGAUGAACAGAGCUCCUUGGAAAAGGCCGCUAGGAGACAACAGGAGCAGUUCUCCAGGUCAAAUGAGAGCAUGGAUGCAUCCAGAAAGAGUCCACUUUUGGCGAACAAAGAACACAAUCCUGUGUUGAAAUCUGGUUUAUUAUCCGGUGUCAGGUCAGCAAGGUUGACCCAGAAUACAGUACAGGGACUUCGUCAACACCUGCAAGAAGCCAAUGCCGAGGAAGCUAAACGGGCCGAAACCGGAUCCGGCAAAUCCCCGCAACUCUCUCAUCAGCAUGAGCAAAAAGGAAAGGAUUCAGCAUCACUAAGCCCAAACACCCGGGAAUUCGCGAAGAAUCCCGGAAACAAGGAUAAAAUCCGCGACCCCGCCGGAACCGAGUCCACCCCGAAAGCGCCACCACCAGGUGCGAUAGAAUUCCUAAACCGCGUUCGGGAAAUGAUGGCGUUGGCCAAGAAUCGGAUGGACUCCAAGAGAUACGAGCCCAGUUUACAAGAGAUUCCUGAGGAAAGCUCUUACGAAUCACUGACGAAUGUGGCUGCUGCAAUGUCCACCCCAGGAAUGGACACCAUGUUGAACGGCGCAUUUGACAACCCUGCUUUCACCCUGGAGGCCAGUGCUGCCGAAAUCCAGUCAUUCCUCAAGCUGUCCGACGGCAUCUUGCGGAACCCAAGAGCCUUUGCUCCAAUAACGGCAGCACUGAAUGGAGAUGAGGAUAAGGUGCAUCGGUGGCUCCAGGAAAUCUGCAACCACGCUUCCUCAGGCGCCAUGUCCGAGGAGUACCCCAACAGCUACGACUCCGGCGUGUCCACCGGUGAUGGCAGUCCUGACAGCCUCAACAGCUCAGUGGACAAACAACAUCAACAACAACAGCAACAUGCCCUACUUCCCCGUGCCCAACACCCACUGCCCGCAGUACCAUCCACAACACCCGCGAGACUCGUCGUCGCUGCACCAGGCGUGCGACCACCGCGGAAACGGAAUCCGAAAUACGAGACCACACCGGCACCACAGCGACCAUCACAGUCUCACCUGCAGCAACCAUUCCAGCCGACUCUCGGCAGCAGAGGCUCCAUGAAACUCGGCACCACGCGUUCCAGCGUGGACAGAGUCAAUGAAAUCUUGUCAGAAGCAGAGGCCAAGAUGCCGAAAAUGACUGCUUCCGGUGUGGACCCGGAUGCCAGGAUCAAGAUCUGCCGCUCGAAUUCCAUCGGCGCAUUCGCUUCAACUGGAACUUGUAAACUCAUGAUCGAAGUGCCUGAGGCGUCUGAAUCUGAGCCAGAGUCUCGUGACAACACCUUGUCUCGCACCAGUUCUAAUAAAGCACAUGCCGGGAAAAUCCGCAGGAAACUGUCCAGGAAAGAAAGCUUCCUGGACUCUCUGGAACGUCCCAAGCAUCACUCCAAGUUGAGCCAGAAGCCGAGCAUCGUGCAGGACUCUCUGGAACGUGCGAGUACCAAACGCAGAGAUGGCAGCACCAGCAGUGGUGGAUUGUACAAGACCUUUGGGGACUUCAAACGUCCCAGUGAACCCACUUUGUCGGAAGAGUCUGAUGCGUACAAUCCCAUAGAGAUACGGUCAGUUCCCGCGACGGAAUCCCCGCACAAUUCCGGCGUGUGGCGAGAAAACUCGUUCCUGCUGCCGAAUUACUGGCAGCGGAGUUUCAAGAGUCGUCAUCUGCCGAGACCGCCGUCAUCAUUCGCUCCGGAUUCCUUGCACGAAGACGAAGACACUGUCGAUGACGACGCGUCGACGGUGUCGGGGUCUUCUGUCUUGAGAAGUCCUCAUCAUCAGCAGCAGCAACAGCAGAGCCACGAGAUUCUGCGUCGCGUGGACACGAUUGCCAAGGACCUCAAUGGGGCGAACGGAGGCUUGUCGCAGGGCAUGUUGAUCGCGCUGAAUCUGCGUUCGAAACUCGUUGAGAAGUACGGCAAGGACUUUGAGAAGCGGUACUUUGGGGCGAAUGCGACUGCGGGCGACAGCUUGCGGACGCGACUGAAGAAACUGGUUCGCACUGAAAGCUGCGACUCAAUUCUCAAGGACUCUUCUGGGAUUAAGAAAUACAAGAGCGUGGACGAAGUGUUGGCCCAGCUAAAGCAGUGCUCUACCAUGUGCUCCACGCAGGAUUCGAAUGGAGGAGCAGUUGAUCCAGCUGGGAUACAUCUCGAGCCUCAUCUAGAUGUCACUUCCUUGGCGAGAAAGGGAGCCAGUGCGCCCUCUGGCGCAGGCAACAACAAUAAGUCUCAGACGCAGAAUAUUCGACUCUUGUUGCAAAUGCUUGAAGAUCAAAAAAACAAGCCGCAGCAACAAGGUUCUGGUGUUGUUCCCAAUAACACGGCGAUGAAGCAAAAUGCGACAGACACUCUUGCGGGAGCUAAUAAAGUAACACCAGGUGGCGCUUGGAGGAUCCCUUACUCUUCGCCCAACAAUUGCUGA